AUGCGACUGAUAGUAUCAAUAGGCGCGAUCGUUCUGUUGCUUGGAUCUUGCGCGGCCGAUCAGGACUUCCUGACAAACUCCUUCAAUGAGUGUGUAAAGGCGGAGUCUUGGACGUCCUGCCUGAAGCAUCAAGUUUUGGACUACCUCGAUGAUCAGCUGGGAACGACCACAGAAGCGAGGUCGCUUGAAACUAUUGAUGAAGCGAUUAUCGCCAGGACCUUCAAAUAUUUGAAAAGUUUCGAUUAUGGGGUGACUUUACCCUUUGUCGACGCCAACUUGAAAUAUAGACCCAGCAGGAGUUUAGCCGAUCUCGAUAUCGAAUUCAAGGAUAACGAUGUGGCAACUAGCCAAGCUCGAGGACUUCUCAAGAAAAAACUCUUGCUGCCCUUCUUGCUGCUAUUGAAAUUGAAAAUGAAAGCUCUCAUGCCUAUCUUGGUCGCCAUUAUUGGAUUAAAAGCGCUAAAGGCUCUUGUCCUGUCAAAGCUCGCUCUUCUUGUCGUGAUUGGAUUCGUCGCUAUGCAAUUCUUUAAAAAGAACGGUAUGACGCCGAUGGGAAUGACCAUGGAACCGGUAUCGGCAUACGGCGCUCCACCCUUGGCCUCGACGACGUCGAGUUAUGAUCCCGCCAACACGUGGGACGGCAACGGACCGUACUCUCGCGUUUGGACGCCAACCAAUGGUGUGGAGGCCCAAAAUCUUGCUUACAGUUAUUACGCGCCCGGCAGCUCGAGUUCAUAUAGCUCGGUAGGCUCUUCUUCAUCAUCCUCGUCUUCAAGCGGCUCGACUAAUUACAACUAAAGUCGUUCUGACGCCCCUCUAACGACGCAUCGAUCGCCCGAUGUUGCCGUCGAUCGCGGAUUUGCGAUCGCGCGUAUCGGCAAAUAAAACACGACCAAAGAAACGCACACCAAAUAAACACGAAAUAGCUCGCGAUCGAUGCUGACGAGAUGUUAGUUUCGUUAACGAGAGCCCCAAGAGCAUUCAAAGCAUUUAAAGACUGUCGACUUUGCGUCGACUAUAACAAUUGUGAAAUUGUUUUGUCGGUUUAUUAGCAAAACUUGCAUUGAGCUCGAUGUCGGAUUCAUUAACUUAUCGAGGAAUUAAUGGCGUUAAUUACAUUUUCGAUAGCAUUUAAGAAUCCGAAAUGUUUUCUUUGAUCAGCGAGUAAAAUUAAAUUGAAUUAAAUUAUCGCUAAAAUCGACAAAGCUAUUUGCCAUUUCCCUUUGAAUGUGCCACGUGCGCGCCGAAGAAUGAUUAGCCAUCAUAAAAAAUAUACUGAUCGCGAUAGUCACGAGGAUCGUUAUAUAUAAUAUAUGGAUAUGCAUAUAUUGCCGAAUAUAUUCGCGAGACAAUAUAAUUGUCAUUUCUUCGGCGAACAUUAAUUAUUUAUUUUUCGUGCGAUAAAAAUAUUUAUUAUUACUUUUGCAUUUGUUAAUAAAAGCAUUCU